CACUUGAAGUUUGAAGGCCCCGCCCCCUGAGGUAAAAUUCCCACGACGUCACCAGAGAUAAUCACGGAAGUGAACCAGGCGACGAAACACAGACAGAAACCCAAAUAAGUUGGUGUGUACGCUUGACUAAUACUAGCAGUCUCAUCAUGCUGGGAGGAGGAUUCAAAGCAGAGAGGUUAAGAGUCAACCUCCGGCUGGUCAUCAACCGACUCAAACUCCUUGAGAAAAAGAAAACUGAGCUUGCUCAAAAGGCAAGAAAGGAGAUUGCAGAUUACCUGUCAUCAGGAAAGGAUGAGCGGGCACGGAUCCGCGUGGAGCACAUUAUCAGAGAAGACUAUCUAGUGGAAGCCAUGGAGAUCCUGGAGCUUUACUGUGACCUGCUGCUGACUCGCUUUGGCCUCAUUCAGUCCAUGAAGGAACUUGAUCCAGGAUUACAGGAGGCAGUGUCCACCCUCAUCUGGGCAGCCCCUCGUCUCCAGUCAGAGGUGUCUGAACUAAAAAUUGUAUCAGACCAGCUAUGUGCAAAAUAUAGCAAGGAGUAUGGCAAGCUGUGCAGGACAAACCAGAUUGGCACAGUCAAUGAUAGGCUGAUGCACAAACUCAGCGUGGAGGCCCCUCCCAAGAUCUUGGUAGAACGCUACCUGAUAGAGAUCGCCAAGAACUAUAAUGUGCCAUAUGAACCUGACGCCAUGGUCCGGCCUGAGGUGUGCUCUGGAGAGGAGGCAGACCUGAUUGACGUGGACACUGACAAGAAGUCUGGCGGAGGAGGAGGAGGUGGUGGAGGUUUCAGUGCUCCUCCUAUGCAUAUGCAUAUGCCCAUGCCCAUGCCCAUGCCUAUGCCACCAGCCUUCAACUAUCCACCUCCAAACGGAGCUGACCAAUUUAAUGCUCCAGUUGGAACCUACAGCAACUUUGCGCACUCCAUGGGAGGAGGGCAGCCCCCUCAGCUGCCCACUUCUCCCCCCACAUAUGAGUCUAUUGAUGACAUAACUGCCAAACCCUCUGUUCCUUCGCAGGCUGUAGGUCCCAGCCCAAACACAAAGUUGUUUGACAACAGCGCUCUCCCAGAACUGCCCUCUGUUCCGGACACACUCCCCACAUCCUCCAUUGGUGGAAACGCCACCACCUCGGAUGACAUCGACUUCGAUGAUUUGACGCGGAGGUUUGAGGAGCUGAAGAAAAAGACCUAACUGCUAUAUCCACAGUCUAUACACAAACAGGCCCGUGUCGUCACCAAUACAGCUCAAAACAGGAAAUGGAAAUUGUUCAAGGCUCCUCUGUCAGAUUUGGAUCGUUCUCCUCCUUCAGCAGUGAAUUAAUCUCACAUAGAUAUCAAACAUAAAUGUAUUCUUACCUCAUUUAUAUAAAUAUGACCAUCUUACUGAGGGUGUGGUUGCUCGCUCAACCUUAACGGUUAGCAGAAAUCUGAUUUCUGUUUGCAGUACGAGUGAGUUCAACAUGUUUUAACUUCUUUCUAUUUAUAUAUGAGCUAUACGGGCUAAAUAUAUAUGUAUAGUUUCAUACCUAAAAUCAUAUGUGUUCGGUCUUUCUCAUUUAAGGUCACUCCACAAGAUUUUUUUUUUCUUUCCCCCAUUUGUCAGAGUGACAUAAUGUAUAAUCACACUUAGAUUUUAAUUGUUGCUUUUCCUGGGGUUUUCGUCCACUACUUAUUUACAUGCAAUACAUGCCUUGAUUCCGCUUUGUACUUGACGUGUUGCUGUAAUCUUUGCCACCGUCUCAAACCAGUCAGACACGUCAAACUGGCUGCUCUGCUUUGAUGAGGAGCUGGAAAUCACACUAACAAAUGCUCCAGAUUGUUUCCACGGCGAGGCUCCAGUACUCAGUCAUUUUCCGGACAGAUAGAAGGCAUGUUUUCAGUGUCUUGCACAGUCAUGCUGAUAUGUCCCUUUUCUGUGUCAAUUUUUAAUUAUAUAACUGGAAAAGGGUGUAUGAGCCCCCCUGGAAAAACCUCAUGGCGACACAUCUUAAAAGGGUGGUGGGUCACAAAUGCUAUAAAAGCUAUAAAACAAUGUAUGGAAAUCUGUAAUAUAACACACAAUGAUAUAGUUAGACCCAUUUAUACACUUCAAGUGAUUGAAGUGUACAGCAGUUUGGUAGGUGAGAGUUGUCCAAUAUUUGACAAAUCUGUUUUUAUAUAUCCCUAUAUCUUCAAAUAAAUGUUUUUCUUUUGCUCUUUUGAAUGUCAAAUUUAGCAAAUACCUGCACUUUCUUAUCAUUGAAGUACUUAAUUUACAAGCAGAGUGUGUGCAGGCAAAAGCAAUCACACAACAAGCUAAUUGGAUUGAAUAGAUGUAAAUAGUGACCCCAGAGCUAAUAGCUUUGUGUUGUCCUUUGUGCAUGUCUCUACUUUAUGUGCACCACUGCAUUUGCCUUAGUUACAUCUCUCAUCAGAGGCCUUGCCAGUCUGUACUAGGAUUAUGCUUUUGUUAUCCAUCGAGACUGGGUACACGCUACCUGCAUUGAGUCACAAUUCAUUAUACUUUGUUUAGCCCAUAAACGAUUCUGUGAAAACCUGUCAAGUUGAAAUUUGCUGUUUGGAUGAAAAAAAAAAAAAAAACAACCUUUGUUUUCGUAAUAGAAGUAGAUGUUUCUGUUUCCUUUGGCGAAAUCAGAGUGGGAGGGUUUCAUUGUCGUACAGACCUGACCUGUUGCUGCAACCUAACCACACCCAGCUCUAAGGGUGUCUGCUCUACACCCAGCUCUGCUUGCAAGGCAAAUGGACGGUGGCCUUGAUUGAAAUGAUUCAGCAGUCUCUGGAGAGCUGCCUGUGAAGCUUUCCAGCUGGAUAAUAGACACAGUUUAUUAAUAGGAUUUACAUGUUUAGAGAGUGAUAAUUAACACUACGGAGCUGUGAUCUGCUCACUUUCUUUCUAUGUUGGACUGUUCUUUCAUGCUAAACUUUGGAGACACAAAAUUGUGUCUUGUUGAAAAAUAAAUAGUUUUUUCCACUGUAUACUUAAACAUUUUAAUAAAAGAUUAUUUGGCACUGCAAA